UGCAGACGCAAUGUGCGAAAUGGAGCGCCGGAUAUUACCAUUUAUGUUUUUAUUCAUGACGGCAUUGGUGGGACAUGCCAUCGGUUCGAAAUCCAGAGCUGGGCCCAAGGUAACAGACAAGGUCUUUUUUGACAUCACAGUUGGAGGACAUGAGGUUGGCAGGAUUGUGAUUGGUUUAUUUGGCGAGGUUGUACCACAGACAGUGGAUAAUUUUGUCGCUUUGGCUACAGGAGAGAAAGGAUACGGCUACAAAGGGAGCAAGUUUCACAGAGUCAUUAAAGACUUCUUGAUUCAAGGAGGCGACUUCACCAAUGGAGAUGGAACUGGAGGUAGGAGCACCUAUGGCGGCACGUUUCCUGAUGAGAACUUCAAGCUGAAGCACCUGGGUUCUGGCUGGGUCAGCAUGGCCAAUGCAGGGCCCGACACCAACGGCUCCCAGUUCUUCAUCACCUCGGCCCGUGCACCGUGGCUGGAUGGGAAGCACGUGGUCUUUGGGAAGGUGCUGGAGGGCAUGCCUGUGGUACACACCAUAGAACUCCAGGACACAAACGAUCGGAACCUCCCCUAUACUGAGUGUGUGAUUGUGAACAGUGGGAAGAUUGAAGUCAAAGAGCCUUUUGUGGUUGAGGUAGAAGGUUGGUAACCCUGAGGUUUCAUCUGAGCUCUUCUGCACAAUACAUAUUUGAUGAGACAAUGUGUUUAUGUUUGAAUUAUUUACAAAUAUGAGCUGUGAAAUGAACUGGUCUAGUCAGUCCAAUUUUUUAGAUCAUCUUGUCAGAUGUAAAUAAUAGUCUAAUAUUUCUGUUGUUGUCUUUGUUGCUGUUGUUCUUAUCAUUUUUCUCAUAAUUUACAUUUUAUAGGACUUAUUUAAAGGUGAUCUAAGCGAUAUUACGCAGUUUCUAAGCUAAAACAUUUUUUGUCACAUACAGCAAACAUCACCUCACCAUCCGCUAGCGGCCUGUCCCCUGAAUACACUGUAAAAAACUCAGCCCAGGCUCCAAAAAUGGCAACAAAACAGCCUGGUGCAGCCUGGACUAUGAAACAUAAACUGUUUCAGCCAAUCACCGACACGCGUGCGAGAUGCACGUUCAGGAGAGUUUCAGUUGCACAGGAGGGAGGGGGAGGGAGAGGCAAGCUAUGUUAUCCAAUAUCACUUAGAGCACCUUUAAGAUGUCAUAAAUUGUCAGUAAAUGAUGUCAAAUGUCAGACUAAAUGACUAACUAUUACAUCUAUAUACUGUAGUAACAUAAUCACCAGUAGUAAUACUAUUAGUAACAAGGACCUCAGCUGAAAACGGAUGCUGUCAAUGCAAAUCCCAUAGCAUAUUGCACAUUAUUUGGCUCGGUCCUGUUCUGUAGCAUACUGACCUUGGGGAGGUGAGUGGAGAAUUAUUGUUUACAUGAGAAGUAUGAUUAAUACUGAAAGCAAAUGUAGGGGAAUAGUCUUCUGACAGAAGACAAAUAUCAUGGCAAGGUGUACACAGGGCCUAAUAAACUGCAUGUGGGCAGUUGAUUUGCUCAUUCUGAGUGAAGUCAUCAUGGCAUGAUGGAAGUCUUCCUUUAACUGGAAUCUUAAUGAAAACAAACAAGCUAGAAGAGCAAUCUGUGCAGAUCACCAGCACACCGUUGAUGUAUGAGACAGUACAGAUGUACUUCAUGUAUACUGUAUUUAGGCUUGAAUAGACAUGUUGCUCUGUGGACAACUUCCAUGUGGAUGGUGAAACAUGAUGUCUAUAGCAGUCAUGAGCCUGAUGCACGUGAUGCUCUCUUUUCCUCUUUAGUUAUUAUUUCCAAACGGAUGUCAGUGCCAAACGCAGAUGAGCAGCUGCAACAUUUCUUCAGCACUUUAUAAUUCUCAAAAAAAAAACUAAAAUCCUAAAAGAAAUCCUUAACUUUUGCACAUUUAAAGUAGCUAAUUAAAGCAAAAUGUAGUACGAUCUUCAGGGGUGUGGGAAGUGUGUAGCCACUCCAUAGCCAGGGCUAUGUCUGUAGCUGGAUCAAUUUUAUUAUCUUAGUUGCUCUGUUACUUGAAAUGUUAUGUAUCACCUUAAAAGCUCAUCUUUAGAGUUAAAAAGCAAGUAAGAUGUUUUUGUCUAAACCUAACAAGCUAACCAACUAACAGCCAAGAGUCUUGCCUUUAAAACACCUGCAACAGCACAGCUGUUACUAACUGAUGUCUUCCCGUGAUACAUGAUGAGAAUGCUGUAACAGUUGUACCUGUAUUUCUGCAGUGUUUUUGUACCCUACCUGCAUAUUGUGACUUCAAAUGAUGCAGAUUUAAAACAUGUCCAUGGCACUGAUUAUAUUAGAUCAGAUAGCAACUUCAAAAGUAUGCAGUGCUGCAGUUCUAAAUGUAGGUGUAGAUUCUUGAUAAAGACAGUCACUUAGAACUUUUGUCAUGCACCAACUCUACUGCCUAUGCAAAAGCUGAGCUCCUGACUGGUCAAAACACAUAUUGUACUUGAAAUCUUGGCACUCACACAGUGGUGUUUAAUGUGGGCUAGACACGGAUUCAUUGCCAAUUUAAAUGUGUGAGCUUGAUAUUUUUAAUGACACCUCACAUUGUAAUUAUUAAGUAUAUUUUCUUGCAUUCAUGUAUGCAGUCUGAAUAAUGUCCAUUGUUAGAUGUUGUUUACUCAGCUGGUAAUCUGAAGAAUAUUCAAUAAUCUUGCGGUUUUGUCUUUUGGGCUUUAGUUGGCAAUAUGUCCACAAGCAAAACAGUCUUUAGUCAUUGAGGAGCAUGGGUCUGUUAGAGUCAAGCGUUUCCACACCUUCUUUGAGUUAUAAUCAAUAUUAAUAAUAUCAGUGUACAAUAUCAGUGUUCUGAGAUGGUGUCAUAUCAAGUCAUAUCAAGUUUUUCCAAAAUAAUUGUUAAAUCACCAGUAGAGAUGAGCAAUAGGUCACAUUAAUGUGCAACAAAUGUCACAUUGUCACAAUGACACAUAAUUUAUUGUUAUACAUGUUUAUUGUUUAUUUAUGUUUUUCAGCAAUAAUACGUGUUUGGUCUGUUUAUUGUAUGUGCUGUAAUUUCCUUUGUGUUUUUUUCAUGUCACUGAAUGAAACAUUGAAACACAGUGGACAAAUGUUAUUCAUGUUUACUUUUUAUUAAAGAGUUUUUAUUUCAUAACAAGA